AACGAAGAAACACAAAAUGAAUUUUCUAAGUUAAUAAAUACGGAACACUAUUUUCUGGAAAUUAUCAGCGGUCCAACUAACGCCAGCCUUAGUCAAUUUUAUUACAUGUUAUAAAAAUUCUGUGCCAGGCUGACUACAAUUGAAAUUGAUUUUAUUUUAAAUCAAGAUUAAAAUUGAUUUGAUCGAUAUUAAUUCAACAGUCCACGCGAAUAUUUUCAAUAUCACGCGAAGAUAUCCGUGUCUCGUAUCUCCCUCAAAGAGCAGCGAUACAUAGGGAAUAGAAGAGUCGAGAUAAUUAGAAGGUCUGGUGAGACUAUGUCCUCCGCUAAAUCAUUUGUUGCUCUGAUUGUUGAACGGUGAAAGGAGGAACGCAGAAUGGCAGAAAUAUUCAGCCGAUACAAAUUAUCGUGGACGUUCCCUCUUGAAAAAGAAUCGCAAGGACAUGCGUGGUAAAAGUAUACGUUUCUCUCGAUUUUCUAUUUCAAAGCUGUUCUACGAAACUGGAAACUCCCUCUAAGGAAUGAUUCUAGGUCGCGAAAAUUCUAAAUAUGAAUUCACACAAAUAUCUGCAUUUCGGAUGAAAUUCUAUGGAAAACAUUCUGCAGAGAAAAAUUGUGUGUUGUUCAAGAGNNNNUUUAUGGCGAUGAGUGAAAGUAAAUACAUCCUCGAGAGUUCCUCGUCGUAGGGGUUGACCUUAUGCCUGCGUCUUUAAUACAAGAGUAGAAAACUCUUUCCAAAGUAUGUAAAUAUCACUCUUGAGGAAAAGUGAUUUAUUGCGUUCCGAUGAAUUCCAUGGAAUUUCAAUCGCUUUCUAUUUGAUUCACGGCGUUCAUCCAAUGGGUAACGGUGAAUACGUGUUCCGGUUAUUUUUAAUGGAAUCCUGCAAAGUAAAGCGUACAUGCUGAUGUUGAAGUCGUUGUUAGUGAAAGUGUGCUGCCAAUCCGGUAGUCAAGCCUUCAACCGCGAAGGGUUAAUGUUACAUUGCUUAAAAUAAUUAAUGGAUCAGUUGAACUACUUUUUACUUAUCAAGGGGAAUUAGGGGUCUAAUUACGUCUAAUUGCACAAAAGUAAUUGCAUUUAAAAAAAUGCACAACCGACCAGAACCGACUAAACUAUGUUCCAACAACAUUUAUCCCCAUUUCCAUCAGUCAUAGUUUAUUUUUUAUUCUAUUUUUUUUUUUUUUUUAAUUU